UUAUCUUUUACUGACUUUAUUAUUUAAAAUCUAUCUUUUUUUCUCUUUCUUUCUUUCUUACUUUAUUUAUUUAAAAUGAUAGAACGUCGAGUGAAUAGCUUACGUUGGUCUCGAACUUUGAGUAGAAUUCAAAACAAUAAUUCACUAAUAGAUAAUAACAUAGUACAAAGGUUUACAAUACAAACAUACAUAUUUAUUAUGAUUAACAAACAAGUAAUUAAUUUUUUUCUUGAAAAAAAAAAUAUAUAUUCAUAUAUAUAUUUCCCCUAUAAUACACUUAGUGAUACACAUCCAUCUGAUAAUUUGAAACAAUCAUGGCCUGCACAACAAGACGAAUUAAAUGCAGUGCCAAGAAAAAGAAAUAAUUCACUUAUUCCAGUAGAACUCAUGAUGAAUAAUAGUGGAGAAGGUGGUAGAGAAUGUGUUGCGUUAGCAACCGUAUUUGGUGUACCUGAAUACAUUGACUCUAAAGUCUUUUGGGAAAGACAACGUGAUGAAUCAAAAAAUAAGCCAGUCCAACAACAUCCUAUUAUUAUUUCUGUUAAUCAUGAAUUAGACCCAAAUCAAACUUUAUCAAAACUUGAUAUUGAACACAACGAAAUUCGAUCUAAAUUGUUUAUUUCGUCCUAUGGACUCUGUAGGUUCUAAUGAUCUUUUAAAGAGUCCAUCCUUU